CCUCAGAGCUACAGACUCGACAUAUGCAAACCCCAUAAAAAAGGGAAAAAAAAAAUAGAGAUUCAAGCCCCACCACCAAAAGCAUACUUUGCAAAUAGAGACUCCCUUGACAAUUAACGCGAUCUAUCAAAAAGAAUACAAAACUACCGGCGCGUGGAGCCGGAGGAGAAACCGCGACAGUGAGAUGACAAAAACACCCACGAUUAACACGACAACAUAGGCAUAGAGUAUAAACACCGAAGGUUAUUUUAGUCAGGAGGGUGUCCAAAAGCCAUAAUUAAUUGAGUUCAGAUAAAUAAUGAAAAUCAUAGCGGACGUCCCACCACCGCCAUCCCCAACGACCCGUGAUUUGAUCCAGUAGCCCUAAUCCACAUCUCGCACAAUUACGUAUAAACUGAAGGAAAUAUAAGCUCACUUUUGAUUAUAUCAGUAAUUUUGCUUGAUUAAUUAGGGUUUUGGAGCUAAUUUGGAAAUGGCGAAGCUGAAACACUCAAGGAUACAAGCGAGGAAAUGGUCGACAUUCUCUCUGGUAUUAACGAUGCUAUUUAUGCUAACAGUGGUUCUCUUGAUGCUUUUGGCUCUGGGGAUUUUCUCCCUUCCUAUAAGCAGCGACGAUGCUCCUCCCAAUGAUCUCAUUACUUCUUAUCGGCGUAUGGCCGCUAAAAGAGAUGGUGAUGGUUUGGGAAAGAGAGGAGAGCAGUGGACUCAAAUUCUUUCUUGGGAGCCCCGAGCAUUUCUUUAUCACAAUUUCUUGUCAAAAGAAGAAUGUGAGUACCUAAUAACUCUGGCCAAGCCACACAUGGUAAAGUCAACAGUGGUAGAUAGCAAGACAGGUCAGAGUAAAGAUAGCAGGGUUCGCACGAGUUCUGGAAUGUUUUUGAGGAGAGGACAAGAUAAAACUAUCAAGAGCAUUGAAAAAAGGAUAGCAGACUUCUCUUUUAUUCCUGUAGAGCAUGGAGAAGGACUUCAAGUUCUUCACUAUGAAGUUGGGCAGAAGUAUGAGGCUCACUAUGACUAUUUUCUUGAUGAAUUCAACACUAAGAAUGGGGGCCAACGUACAGCUACUGUUCUAAUGUAUCUGUCGGAUAUUGAAGAAGGGGGUGAGACAGUGUUCCCUGCAGCAAAGGGGAACAUCACCUCUGUGCCGUGGUGGAAUGAGUUGUCUGAAUGUGGCAAACAGGGUCUCUCAGUGAAACCAAAAAUGGGUAAUGCAUUGCUUUUUUGGAGCACAAGGCCUGAUGCAUCGCUAGACCCUUCAAGUUUGCAUGGUGGUUGUCCUGUGAUUAGAGGCAACAAGUGGUCAGCUACAAAGUGGAUGCAUCUUGGGGAGUACAAUGUCUGAGCCACUGAUACAGCAGGAUUGUAGACCAUGUAUCGUGUGGGACAUUUGUGUUGGUAUAAUGGUGAAUGGUGUUAGAAUUCCGGACGCGGAGUGGAACAUCCCUGAUUCCUCGACGAUAGCAAUAGCAUAGAAAAGUUUUAUGAUAUAGGUAUGGCGAUUUUAUCUUUAUUUCAAUUUUGUUCCUCAUUUCAUGGGCCCGAUUUAGUUUUCUUACUGGGAUUCGGGUUGGGAAUUGUUAGACAUGGGGAUCCUAAAGGAUAUGUAUAGUUUGGGAAAACAGAGGGGAUGGCAGCUGGGCAACGCAUCUUCCCAACAGGCAAAUUGUAAACGAACAAAAUAGUUGCUGAAAAACAAGCCCGCUUAUUUUUCAUUUAUUGGAACCUGAUGCCUAGGUUUUUCUUUGGAACCAAUAGGUCUUAAACCCUUAUGCCAGUGCACAUAAUGGAUGUAAAAAUUUCCAUACUUUUAACAAGGUACUAACAUGCACCAACGUCUAUUAUUCCUGAAGUCAUUUUGGAUAUGAAAAUUUUCAUGUUUUUAAGUA